AUGUCUUCACGCACCAUCUUCCGCACUUGCGCGCGCCAGCUUCGCGCUGCCGCCAUUUCCACGCCCGCCUUCCGCUCAUACACCGCGGGCGCGAGACUGCAAGCUUCCGUCCGGCCCGAGCCCGCAUGGCGGGUCUCGCCCAGCAUCCCGCAGCAGCAAUGGCGUAGCUUCUCGGCCAAGAGCACCGCGGAUGAGAAGAUUGAGGAGAUCCAAGAGCUCUACGCAACCGCACGCGACGAAUUUGAGAUCGCAGCCGAGGAGACCGAGAGCAACACUGUCUAUGCCGCCGAUGACAGGGCUGCCGCGCGCGAGGAGCUGGACAAGUUAAAGGCGGCAUAUGAGGCCGUUGUUGGAGGUCCGGAUAAGGAGGUUGGGGACGAAGUCAAGAGACGGAUUGGGCAAAGGAUCAGGGAGCUCGACAACGCAGUCGUGGCCCUAGAGGAGUCGGCAAUGGAGCAUGAUUAG